AUGGAAGUCAAUAGCACCUUAUUCCAAUUCCUUCUAAUAGAACUAAUACCCUCCAUCAUAGAAUCAUCCAAAUCUCAAAACCUUUCCGAUAAUCAAAUCAAUCUCAAACUCGAAUUAUUAGGGUUCAAAUUAGGUAACAAGUUCAAUGAAAUAAUCCUUUUCAAAUUAAACGAAUCAUUCACCAAGAAUGAAACUAAAGUCAAUCUUUUAGAUAUCAUGAAGUUCAUUUGUAAGGAUUUCUGGAAAUUCGUGUUCCAAAAACAAAUUAAUAACCUUAAAACCAAUAAUAGAGGAACUUUCAUAUUAAUUGACGUUAACUUCAAAUUAUUCGAUAACUUAAAUUCCAAUAGUUUACAGUUCGAUAAUUACAUCAAUUAUUACUUAAAUUUCACCAACGGGAUCUUGAGAGGUAUACUACAUAACUUCGGAUACAAUUGUAAUGUUAACAAUGAUGUUAACUUCCCAAGUGUUAAUUUUAAUAUAGAAACACAGUGA